AUGACUGACCAGCGGAGGCGGUCCAUCGGCCAUCCGCCACAGCGGUCGCUGAUGGGACCACCGCCCCCGCCGGAAACCCCGUCCAGAAUAAUGCAACAGCCUUCACCGAACCUCUUUCCCAGCCUGCAAUUCUCACCAGACAUCUUUGCCGGAUCUCCUUAUGGUCCAGCGGCUGCUCCCAUGUAUCCGCAGCAGCGUCUGUUCUGGGAUCCAAGCAUGGGGAUGGAGGACUCAACCUCGAUGGCUCAAUAUGCGGAACCAUUCGCAGUAACGCAAUCGGACUUUUCAGCUUCAUUCGGCUCGACAGCAACCGUUGUCCCACCCUUUGCGCCCUCGCCGAUUUUGCAACAAGAUCAAUACUAUCUCCCUCCUACUACGACCUCAAUGCCUCCGACCUAUGUCGAUGGAUCAGCCUUCCCAGCCCCAUUUCAUACCAGCCCUCGAGCACCACCUCCAAGGGAAGACAACCCUAGCAUGUUCCUCAGCUCCCCAGCUCGUCGUUUCGGCAAUGACCAGAAUCGAGGAGUCAAAAAGAGAGCAAGAGGCGAAGAGGAGCUUCAAGAGAGCCGAGCACGUGCGCCUUCAAUCACAAGAUCUGUCAUGGAGGCAUUGCGAAGACCGGUGUCCCCAGUGAAGGCAGAGCGUCCGGGUCUGAAGCGAAGUCUGACCCACUCUGGAGUCAAUGCUCGAGGACCGCACAAUCGGCAGCAAAGUCAUGUUUCAUUUCUAGAUUCAAUAUCGAAUGCUUCUGGGUCCAGCAACCGGUCGCGAAAUGGUCGAGCGUCGCCACUGAAAUCGAUGUUGAAUGUCAGGCAGCCUCCGAAACGAACAUCACUGUCUCUAGCCAUCGAUGAGAAUGGAGUAGCCACGACUGUCAUCACGAAAGUGGAUGAUCACGAUGAUAUGGACCUUGACGACGAGUCAGAUGCUUCAAGCGUCAUAAGUUCACGGGACGGAGCAGAUUUCCAAGAUCUGAGAUCACAACCCAGCUCCUUCUACGUGGACAACAACGAUUUCAUCCAGAGCAGUGCCCAACUGAGCACGGUCAAAGCCAGUCGCAUGAGACCAGGGACUGGAUCCUCUUCAGGUCCUGGCGAUGCGGCACAGGCAGUCAGGGCACUCAUAGAUGAUCGGGCUCGAUCGGGCUCUGGCCAUGGCAGCUCUUUGGACAGUGGCCAAUCUGCUCAAUUUAAUUCUUCGCCUCCGGUGCCACAGGGGAAUUUUGGGCACUUCAACGCAAGUCCAACAACAAUCACAGACCCGGACCUUGCAACACCUAGCACAGAUCGCGGCAGUCAGAUCAGUCACGGUAGUACCCGGUGUGUUUGUGGCACAUCGCCCGAGGAUCCGGGUCUGAUGCUUCAGUGGUACGUAUUCUCAGCCCUUAGUCGACCGAAAGUGCAGCACUAA